CAACCCCACACAGGCACACAGUGAGCGGGUAAACACUUCCUCAUACACGCCGCGCUGUUCAUUCUACUCUCAGCUUACAAAGCAGGAGACUGAAUUGGAGAAGCGUUACAGAAACAUCUCGAUCUUUGAAGUUGUGUGUCUAGGCAAAGUGAUUGCUUACCAUGGCUCCGUUCCUGCGGAUUGCCUUCAAUGAUUUUAGCAUGGGAGACCUUCCUCCUAUGACUGAACAGCCAUUCUGUGCAAUUAAGAUGAAGGAAUCACUCAGCACAGAGCGAGGGAAGACACUGGUCCAGAGGAAGCCCACCAUGUACCCUGCGUGGAAAUCCUCGUUUGAUGCACACAUCUAUGAGGGACGUGUCAUACAGGUGGUACUGAUGAAAACGGCAGAGGAAGCUUUGUCAGAAGCCACGGUCGGGGUCUCCGUUAUUGCCGAGCGCUGCAAAAAAGGCAACGGCCGUGCAGAGUUCUGGGUGGACCUGCAACCCUCCGGGAAGGUGAUGAUGUCUGUCCAGUUCUUCGUUGAGGAUUCAGAACAAGAAUCCAAGUCAUCAGUGAUUGGGAAAGAGGAAGACGGCCUUCUAACUCUAAACAGAAGGAGAGGCGCCAUCAAACAGGCCAAGGUUCACUUUAUCAAGAACCACGAGUUCACAGCCACCUUCUUCAAACAGCCCACCUUCUGCUCGGUCUGCAGAGAGUUUGUGUGGGGUCUCAACAAGCAGGGCUACAAAUGUAGGCAAUGCAAUGCUGCCAUUCACAAGAAGUGCAUUGAUAAGAUCAUUGGGAGAUGCACAGGAACAGCGGCCAACAGUCGAGAUACAGUGUUUCAGAAGGAGCGCUUUAAGAUUGACGUGCCACAUCGCUUCAAGACACACAACUACAUGAGCCCAACAUUUUGCGACCACUGUGGCAGUUUACUUUGGGGAAUGGUCAAACAAGGCCUCAAGUGUGAAGAAUGUGGUAUGAAUGUCCAUCAUAAAUGCCAGACUAAGGUCGGCAAUCUCUGUGGAAUCAAUCAAAAGCUCCUGGCUGAGGCUUUAAACCAAGUUAGCCUAAAAUCUUCCACAAAACGCCUAGACCCCACUUUGUCAGAAAUUGGAAUCUAUCAAACCAUAGAGAAAAUGCCAGUGGACCUUAGUGGGGAGGGCUUUCAGUAUGAAAAGCCAUGGGACGACACGACCCCUGCCCCUCCCAGCACCACCAUCACACACCAAACCCGUGUGUCCAUGAACAACUUUGUGUUCCACAAGGUCCUGGGCAAGGGCAGCUUUGGAAAGGUGAUGCUGGCAGAGCUGAAAGGAAAGGGGGAAUAUUUUGCAGUAAAGGCCCUAAAGAAGGAUGUGGUGCUAAUGGACGAUGAUGUGGAAUGCACUAUGGUGGAGAAAAGAGUUUUAGCAUUGGCCUGGGAUAACCCUUUCCUCACACACCUUUACUGCACGUUUCAGACGAAGGAGCACUUAUUCUUUGUGAUGGAGUAUCUGAAUGGAGGAGAUCUGAUGUUUCACAUUCAGGAUAAGGGGCGUUUUGAUUUGUACAGAGCCACGUUCUAUUCUGCUGAAAUCAUCUGUGGACUACAGUUUCUGCACUCAAAGGGCAUUAUAUACAGAGAUUUGAAGUUGGACAAUGUGAUGCUAGACAAAGAUGGACACAUUAAGAUUGCAGACUUUGGAAUGUGCAAAGAGAACAUGUUUGGAGAAAACCGAGCCACCACAUUCUGUGGUACACCAGAUUACAUUGCUCCUGAGAUCCUUCUGGGACAAAAGUACACUUUCUCUGUGGACUGGUGGUCAUUCGGCGUGCUGCUCUACGAGAUGCUGAUCGGCCAGUCGCCAUUCCAGGGCGACGAUGAGGACGAGCUGUUUGAAUCGAUUCGCAUGGAUGUACCUCACUACCCACGUUGGAUUACCAAGGAAGCCAAAGACCUGCUGGAGAAGUUAUUUGAGCGGGAUCCAACCCAGCGACUUGGUGUUGUUGGAAAUAUCCGUGGACAUGCCUUCUUCAAGACAAUCGACUGGAUUGCGCUGGAGAAACGACAACUCAAUCCACCAUUCAAGCCGAAAGUGAAAUCCCCGAAUGACUGUAGCAACUUUGAUCGGGAGUUCCUCAGUGAAAAGCCCCGUUUCUCACACUGUGACAAGAACCUGAUUGACUCCAUGGACCAGACAGCCUUUGCUGGCUUCUCUUUCAUUAAUCCCAAUAUGGAUACCAUUAUGGAAAAAUGAGAGGUUUUAGACAGGAUUUUGGUCAAGACUUCCAGUCCUACCCAUUUAAAGCAAAAACAGCAUACAGGAGCCAGGAGUUCAACCAGUGUUACACUUGUUAUACUUUCUGGAUGAUCCAACUAGAUUAUUUAUGUCUUCUUCAUUGACCAGAUUAAAACUUCAAAUCAAAUUAACUUUGUGAUGUACUAUAUUUGUUAAUGUAUAUAUAUCCUUAACAUAGAUAUAUGAACACAUUCUUGUGAUUUAAAAUGAACCUUUUUUCCAUUCACACUUACACACACAUACAUGUAGAUAGAAUCAACCUUAUAAAAAGAGACUCAAAACCUUAAAGAAAGGGAUUGUAUAGUGUAACUCUUUUUGGUGUUACUGUAAGUUUCAUAUGCUGGGAAUUUGAUUGAAUAAUGGCCUUCUUAACACUCAUGAAUCCUCUUUGUGCAUCCUCAUACACCCAGUGUGUAGGGCAAAAUGUCUCAUUGUUAACAGAAUUUCAUACUAAGAUUUAUUUGAGGGACGUUUUGGCCUUUUUUGUAAGUUAUCUUUCUGAUCUGAAACCACUUUAACAGUGUAAGUUUAAAUUUUAAGGUGCUGAUUUCACCAGUGGGAGCUAAGAUCUAAGCAUGCACAAAAUAAUGUUUAAGUAUGGGUCUAUAAUUCAUGGAAGUUUGAGAAGGCCUGCAUCUUGUAGACUUGUGUAGGUGAAUCUAAAAUCUCUGCAAUAUAAAAAAAAAAAAAAAAAAUAGAAAUAGUAAAGUCUUGACAGACAUCUUGUUCAUAAGUAUGAUUACAUUUAUGGUACUGUAAUAGGUAGUAUAUUGGUGGAUGGAGGUUAUAGAUCACAUUAGCAAGAGAGUAUAAAUAUAUGUACUGUUAUUUAAUGUUGGUAUUUUAACAAAAUAUGAUACUGUAUAUAAAAAUAUAUGUAUAUUGUUCUGAACUGUUGUUGUUGGAGGUAAUAAUGCACUUCUUUUUUUUUUAACUGAAUUUACUCUUCAGAACUCAACACUAUUAAAUGUAUCUUUAAUUUUCA